CGCUCUAAAAGAUUUAUAGAUAAAUGCAGUUCCCGGUGAAAAUAGAUAAAUGCCAGUGCACAUUUACACGGUGCACAUUUCAAUAGACGCAACCGCAUAAGCCGGACAUCGGUCCACAUACAGGGGACACCCGCGGUUUUCCAACAAGAUGCAGUGCCGCGGUAUUGUCCUUUUGUGUUUUUGUGUGCUCUCUGCUUCGGCUGACACCUUCGGCGCCAGCCUGAGGCUGCUGGGCAAGGUGUACGACAACUGUGAGCACUCCCAGGAGAUAGUUAAGUGUUUGAAGAUACAGGCCACCAAGUUAGCGGACAGGGCGGCGAGGGCCGACUCACUGCCCAUCCUCGAUGGGAUCACAUUAGUGAAACGACCUGAAGCUGGUAGGGCAUCACCUAAUGCUCUGCCUGAAGAUGAAGACCUUGAAUCACUACCGUCAGAUAAAAUUGAUAAAUACCUACAGCUUGCUACCACAAAGUUGAUGCAGACACACCGAGUCUUCAUCUCUCCAAUGGAUGUUGGUGAUGACGUCGGCCGAUCCCUGGAUGAAGCUAGGGGUAAACUGAAGAAGAUGAUAGGUCCCAUACUUGCCGGGGUUGCGGUCAAAGGUGGAUUUCUGAUGAUGGCAUUCAACGCGAUUGCGCUCAUUGCUGGAAAGGCUUUACUUAUCGGUAAGAUAGCUUUGUUGCUUUCGGCGAUCAUCGGUUUAAAGAAGUUAGUUGCUGGUGGAGAGUCCCAUGAGAAGACUACGUACGAGAUCGUGAAGCAUCCUCAGGUGUCUCAGAGCCACACAUACUCGUCGUCUCACUACGGCAGCGACUUCGACGCCACAGGUCCUGGAGGUCACUACAGGAGGAGCGUGGAGGACGAAGCCGCUGCACAGGACAGGGCCUACAAAGCCUAUGCCAAGAAGCAGUAGGUUUUAGAUAAUACAACAGGCUUACGACUCCAUAGUUUUACAAAAUUCACAACGACACGGCAUUUUUAUUUGCACAUUAAUAGCCCAAAACGGUGUUUUGGACCUUGCAAAGAAAUAAUGUUUAACCAACAAUGAUAUUUUAUUGUGCUUAUUUAAACGACACUAGGUAAUUAAUUUAAAAGUUAUUGUUUAAGUAUUUAUUCGCUAGAUUAGUCCCAUGUUUAUUUAUUAUUAUUAUUUAUUCAAUGCGUAAUAAUGAUCAUAUCAAAGUUAUUUAAAUGUUAUUAUGUAAAUAAGAUUGCGAACGCGAUUUUUGAAUGUGUGUAUGUAUGUUCAGUACAUUAGUUAUAUAGGGUUAUGUAAUCGGACGCACCAAAUAAUAAUAAAUAAUGCUAAUAACAAUAUUAUAAUUAUACAAAUAAUAAUUUAUUAUAAUCAUGGAUUAAUCAUAACAUAAUCAUAAGACUUUUAGGCUAGUCGACGGGUACUGUGCAUUUCUGUUUUCUACGUUUGUCCAAUUUUGUAAAAAUAGCGGUAAGGUUAAUGAAUAAGUUACUUUAUUAUUAUAUGUAUACGGUGCUGUUUAGAGUAAGUAGUUAAAUACUGGCUAUCCUUUAAAAUAACAUCUUGAUGUAGAUCAUCAGCGAGGUGGUUACGCGAGUACCUUUUAUUUAUUUAUUUUGUAAUCAGAAAUAAUAAUUGCGUACUAUAAUAACCCUGUUAUAUUAUUAGGUUAAUUAUAUUAUUAUUAUUUAAUUAUAAGUUAUAAUGAUGAUGAAAAAUAUUCUUAAAAGAGACCAACGAAUGACGACUGAAAGAAAAUUUUAUAAAACUGAAUGUUUGUUUUAUUUUUUAAUUGGGGU